AUGGCUAGCUAUUUUAUUGUCACCUUUAUACUUCUUUACAUCUCUAAUGUAUGUGGUACCCAAUUAGCUGUUCAAGUUCCUAACAGAGCAAAAUGCUUGUUGGCAGAAUAUGUUCCUGCAUAUGGUCUUGGUUAUGUUCCGCAUAUGGUCUUGGGUUAUAUUACUGGAAAUCUAUUUUUUAUUGAUUUGGUUGAUUCAGAGGGAUACUAUCAUUUUCGUAACGCUUUGCCU